AUGUUUACCGGCCAUGGACGUAAACGAAUAGUGCCUUUAGUAAUUGUAAUUAUAGCAACGUUGGUAAUUAUAUAUCACAUCAAUCGGUCCAAUCUGCAAAUUAUUUCACACUCGAAUCAUCAUGAAAAAAUUGAUACACCAAAGCUAUUACCUAAAACUGUAACUACUGCUGGGAUCAUAACGUCUCCUUCUUCUACCACUGCAAAAUUUGUUUGCGGUAAAAACGAUGUAGUUUGCAGUGAUGACGUGGAAGAUAGAAUUGAUUGCUACCCGGUUGGGCUAGCAACAGAGAAAGGAUGCAAGGAACGGGGAUGUUGUUGGGGAGCUUCAAGCGGCAAUGCUGUUCCAUCAUGCUAUUUUCCGGUUAAUUACGGAUAUCAAAUUCGUAAUCGCACUGAAAUAACUAGUAAAGAUUUCAUUGCAAAGUUACGCCGUUGUGAUACUCCUUAUUACAGCAGCAAGGCAUUAACUGAUAUCAUGGUUACUAUCGAACAUUAUCGUCCAGCAAUGCUAUCGAUUAAGUUUUAUGACCCUCGAUAUUAUCCAUCCAAUUUCUCGAAACAACCUAGCAAUAAUUAUGGUGCGGGAGACUUUUACAUCUAUUGUAAUCAUAACCCGUUUGCAUUAAAGGUUAUACGAAGGUCGACCGGUAAAGCAAUGUUUGAUACCUCUACAGGUGGAUUUAUUUUUGAGAAUGACUUAGUGCAAUUGUCAUCUAAGCUAGGAUCGAAAGAUAUCUUUGGGCUAGAGGGUGAUUCUCCCUCUGGAAAGAUAUUUAACUGGAAGACUUGGAAAACGUUUACUCCGAAAUUAUCUCAAGAUGCCAUCGGUACCGAUAAGUUCCAUUUCCCAGGAUAUAUUGUCAAAGAGGAUAAUAAUGAUUAUUAUAUCGUAGCGCUGCGUGGUCACCAAACUACAAAAUUCACUUUGCAACCGAAGCCGUCUAUAACAAUAAUGACAACCAACAAAUAUAAGCAAUUGGAGUUACUUAUCUAUGCCGGAAAUAACCCUAUAAUAAAUUUUUAUUCAUUUUAUUACAACGCAAGCAUAACAGACCCUGAAAUCGCGAACAUAAAUCUAAUUCCUGCGAUGAAGACAAGACUAUUAGCUAAUAUAAAUCCAGUAGCACUGAAAGUACUAAUACAAAAGUUUCAACCUGCGGAAUUAAAUCGAACAGCAAUGAAAAAAAGUUAUGUCAAACUGAAAAUGCGAUUGCAAAGAUGGGCGAUGCCGUAUAAUAACACUUACAUUAUAAUUUCGUGGGUAGCUGGUGUUAUGCCUAACGCGUAUGAUUACAUUGCCAUAUUAUGCAAGAAAAAGAGCGAAGCAAUUUACCAAUCGUGUUAUCAGCAUUGGCUAAAUAUGCGUCUCUCCGAUAGAAUUGUAACGAAUUUAGGUUACGACAAGGAUUACACUUACUAUAUCGUGUAUUAUACAUACUCGUGUAAUAAAACCAAGGUAUGUGGAUUUUUAAUCAAAGAAUUUGAAUCAUUCAAAACUGUCUCACCUUCAUUAACUCCAGAAGAUGAUGGUUACGGCUAUGCCCAAAGACCUCAUCCGUUAAUCCCUCCGAUAGAGGUAAACAUGGAAAAUACGAAGCGAAUUCAUAACGUUACACGAUAUCGGCAUAAUCCUUACCUAACUGCAUCCGGCCAGUAUACUUUUAAGUAUGGAAUUGAUAAAAGCUUAACAUUUGAUCUAAAAUGGUUUCGUGGUGAUAAGGCAUUGACAUGGGACUAUGUAGCUAUUUAUCGCCAUUAUCCAAGGAAUGUAAGUAAUUAUAUUCAAGGGCAGUGGUGUUGGGUAGCAAAUUAUAAUAAUUCUUGCAAUACUGUAGUAGAGUUUGCACGUAAUCGACACUAUUACGUAGCAUAUAUUACCUACAGCUCCAAAGAAGCAAGAUUUAUGAUAAGUGAAGUAGCUAAAUUUCACAAUUUUACUAAUUGGAUGGCUAAAUAUAAACAUUCUUUGCAAAAUUUACGACUGCAAGAUCUGGUCAUUCCUGGAACUUAUUGUUCAGCCUGUUAUAAUAUGUCGGCUCCGAUGCUGACACCAUGGUCGCAAACUCAAACAGAAAAUAUAGCGAAUCAAUUACGUGAUGGAAUACGUUAUUUUGAUUUACGAGUAAGAUAUUUGCCAUCGUUUAAGACAAAAUUUUGGCUUAGUCAUAACAAAUGGCUUUCGAAAAUUUCAGUAACAUCAUUUCUACACACGAUUAAGACAUUUGCCGCAAGAAAUAUAAAUGAGGUAUUAAUCAUACAUUUUGUAGAUUUUUAUGAUUUUGAUGAAGAUACGAUCCACGAUAAUCUGUUAGAUGUUAUAUUGGACAAGUUGAAAGGAUAUGCGAUGCCAAAAUCCUACGCAGGCAAGGUAUUGGCAACGCUUUGGAAAGAUAACACACGAAUCCUUACAUCGUACAAUAAAAUAAAUUGUAGUUCAAAGUAUCAAGACAGUGACUUGGUUUGGGGUCCAAUACACUCAGUUAAACCAAUAAUUCUAAUUGAAAGAGAAAAGAAACUAUUUAUCCAUUUUAAAGAUUAUUAUCGUACUGAUAACAAAAGUCUUUCUAUUUCAGAGUUUACAACAUUUGAUGCAACUAAUAACCAAAUUCCUUUUAGUAUUCAAACUCUAAGUAAUAAAAUCAAUCCUAAAAUCGAUGAUUGGUUAUCUAAUGAGCUGAACAAAGUUCAGAUGAAUAUCGUUACAUCCAAUUAUUAUUUGGGGAAUAAUAUGAUUUGUCUUGCAAUAAGAAGAAAUAUAGCCAUUGGUAAAAAAAUGAAGUUGACUUCUGAUGAAAUGGAUGUUUCGAAUUUGUAG